GUCACUAUGCCGAAUCUCUCCCAUUCCUUACCAGUACAAUAAGAUCAAUAUAGAGCUCAUUAUACGCAUGUCCAUGCUUAACCAAUGUCAUUUUUUGCAUACACAUCAAAUCAUAUAUCAUUUCUAUCGCACGUAUGAUCACGUCGUUAUUUUCGGUUCUUUCUUCCAUCAAAAGCUGAGGCGCAGACCCAGAAUUAGAAAUAUUGGUAAGAAUUUUUCAACCACCAGAAAAACGACACCAAAUCUCAACUACAAAUUACUUACUAAAACAAGCGGAAAACCUCUCCUAGUCCCACAUUGUUUCUGUUAACAAACAAAGAUUCUUGCGUAUAUAAGGAGGGCACUCACCGUUAAAUCAAAAUCAACUCAAUCAAAUAAUAAUAUUAUUUAGGAGUAAAAUAAAUUAAAAAAAAAAUGGCUCUCCCCUACGUUUCAAAACACAUUGGCAUUGGCUUACAAGUAGCCUUAGUAUCGUUACUCGCCGCCGUGGUAUUGGCGGACGACACCGUGCCGGUCCCGGAUAAGAAGGCAGACUUAAACAAGUGGUUUAAUGAAAACAUAAAACCUUUCGCGGAGAGAAAAUCGACGCUGGACCCAGCUCUGGUGAAGGCGGAGGAAGAAGCUAAGAUCAUUAAAGUUAGGAAAGACGGCAGCGGAGAAUUCAAAAGCAUCAAAGAAGCCCUCGCUACGGUACCAAAAAUUAACACGAAGCGGAUCGUCAUCGAUAUUGGACCAGGUGAGUACAAGGAGAAGGUAGAGAUCAGCGCCGACCAAAACUUCAUUUCUUUAAUCGGAUCUUCGCCCACGGACAGACCCGUUAUCACCUUCUCUGAUACGGCCAAGAAUCGCGGUACAGUGGACAGCGCCACCCUCAUUGUCUUGGCCCAAUACUUCAUUGGUGCUAAUCUCAUUAUCAAGAAUUCUGCGCCGAGACCGGAUCCAUACACGAAUGAUGGUCAAGCUCUGGCGGUGAGAAUUAAUGGAGACAAAGGAGCCUUCUAUAACUGCAAAUUUCUUGGGUUCCAAGACACGCUUUGUGAUGACAGAGGAAAUCACUUAUUUAAGGACUGUUAUAUCGAGGGUACCGUUGAUUUCAUCUUCGGCAGAGGAACAUCUUUGUAUUUGAACGCGGACCUAUUUGUGUACGGUGAGAAAGGACUAACGGUGAUAACAGCACAAAGAAGGGAUAAAGAAGCAGAAACCACUGGAUUUUCAUUCGUGCACGGUAUUAUUCGUGGCACCGGCAAAGGCACUACCUUUUUGGGCAGGCCUUGGGGUGACAUGCCUCGAGUCAUUUAUUCCCACACUGAAAUGACCAGCGUUGUCCACCCCGGUGGAUGGACCACCAAGAACCCUACAGAUGCCGGUAAACUUUACUAUGGAGAAUACAUGAGUACGGGAGAAGGCGCAAGCCCGGUUAAAAGAGAGAAAUUCGCCAAGCAUCUAACAGCCGCAGAAGUUAAACCUUUUAUCGUAUUAGGCUACAUCCAGGCUUCCAAGUGGUUGCUCCCUCCUCCAAAACUAUGA